GUGGCGGGUGGAUUUGCUAGCGCAGCCCUUCGAACUAUUCGACGCUCGACCCCUGCCAGUAGCGUGUUUGGCGAGAUAAGAAAACUAUGUCGACAUCGUUCCAGUAAAGAAGAGGAUACGCAUUCCGCUGCGAAGCGUUCUUUCAAGGCACACGCAUUCAGAGAGAUCACUGCGAGGAAGCAGAGUUUCAUCAGCCCCUGAUCAGCGUAACCUUAAAAGUUUCGCCUCUCCCUAACCGUCAACGUGCUUCGAAGUCAGCUGCCAAAAUGACCAACAAUACGCAGUUCAAACCUGUCACUCACUGUAUCUUUGACAUGGACGGCCUUCUAUUGGAUACCGAGAGGAUAUACAAAGUUAUUUAUCAAAAUAUAUGCUCCAUGUAUGGUCAGCGUUACGAAAGCGAUAUCCAGUUCCAAGUUCUCGGGAGACCGGAGCGUAUAGGCGCCGAAAUGAUAAUAGAGCAUUACAAGCUGCCCCUUAGUGCCAACGAAUUUCAACACAUUUAUCACCGUUUGCAGAAGGAAUUGUUCACAGACGUUAAAUUGAUGCCAGGUGCUGAGAGGUUGCUGCGACAUUUAAAAGCUCACAACAUUCCAAUAGCUCUGGCAACGAGCUCGAGCGCCGAAAGUUACAAGUUGAAAACUGUGAACAGCCUGGAAGUGUUCGAUCUGUUCAAUCACCAAGUGCUGGGUGGUUCCGACCCUGGCGUCAGGAGGGGAAAACCAUGUCCCGACAUAUUCAUCGUUGCUGCUGAAAGAUUUCCUGAGCCAGCAGACCCUGCCAAGUGUCUUGUCUUUGAAGAUGCUCCAAAUGGUGUGCAAGCUGCGCUUGCGGCGGGAAUGCAGUGCGUUAUGGUGCCUGAUGAAAACCUACCGAAAAGAUUGCAGACUGAUGCUACGCUGGUAAUAAACAGCUUGGAGGAAUUUAAGCCGGAAUUAUUCGGUCUACCGGCGUUCGCAGACAAAGCCUAGACCAUAAAAUUAGUCGUAAACGGGGAAAUUAUUUUCCUCUUCUGUUUUCUUUCUAGAGAUGAUUUAAUGUUCAUUGUCGACGGCAGUUAAAUGACGAUUAGAUGAUUAUGUGACUCUUCAAGCUAGGAGCUUAACUCAGGACCGCACAUAGUUAGAAAUACGAUUAACAAUUCCAUUAGGAUCUCACAUGUAGGCAGUUUUCUAUCUUUGGUUGCUGUGUUGUGAUUUAUAGUGUAAGAUAACGAAAACAGUUACAAUGAUAAUGAUAAUCCCAUUCAGUAUGCUACACUUGGCUUGGUUGUAAAAUGUUACUGAUUAAUAUUUAAGCAUACGUGUAUACACUCCUGUAUAAUGUAGGUAUACCAAUUUACUGACAACGUUCGGAGGAAAGAAAAUAUGAAAGACUCAAUAUCACUCCCCUUUCGCAAUGGUCGUGGAUCGAGUGCGCGAAAUUGUCUUGUUCAGUUUUGUUCUUGUAUCUGCCUUACUUCAUCCCUAUUUUUGAAUAUUUCGAUUCCCUUCGAACAUUCUUGUAAAGUACAAAAUAAUUCUGAAUCUUGCACAUAUAUUAGAAUAAAUAGACAAACACUAAUUUUGUUUAUCCAAAUAAUGGCUCCUUUGAAUUUUUCCCCAAAAUAUUCUGCAGGAUAUUCUUUAAAGAGAACUUUUAGCAACAAAAGACAAGUGAAAAAUAUCGUAAAUUAAAUUUUUAAUGUUCAAUAAACGUAGAUGGUCGCUGCACUGGCGAUAAGCUAAUCACUUUCUCUAAAUAAAUUAUAUAUUACAAGUUA